CCGGUGCCGGAGGAUAUUGCUUUUCCAGUUGGAUUUGCUUGGGGUGCACUUACAGCGGCAUAUCAAAUUGAAGAAGGCUGGAAUGCAGAUGGAAAGGGCCCUAAUGUCUGGGACACAUUCACCCAUCAGGGAGGAGAUCGAGUUUUCAAGAACCAGACUGGUGAUGUAGCUUGUGGCAGCUACACUCUGUGGGAGGAAGAUUUGAAAUGUAUCAAACAGCUUGGAUUGACUCAUUAUCGCUUUUCUCUUUCCUGGUCACGUCUGUUACCUGAUGGGACGACAGGUUUCAUCAACCAGAAAGGAGUCAAUUAUUACAGCAAAAUCAUUAAUAACCUGGGAAAUGGCAUUCUCUCCCUGUAUCAUUUUGGCUUACCUCAAUCCUUAGAAGAUGAAGGUGGCUGGGGAUCUGAAAAGAUCAGUGAGACCUUUGAUAUUCAUGCAAAGUAUUGCCUCAGAACAUUUGGAGACUGAGUGAUCACUAUUAAUAAGCCUUGUGUUGUUUCUUAUAAUGUGAUAAAAGCUCAUGCUAAAGCCUGACACAGUUGCAGUAAGAUAUGGAGAAAACAAUGCGGACUGUUGUUUAUAGGUCUGAAAUCAGAUUGGGAGAACCUUUAUGAAUUCUAUGGGUUUGUCAGGACAGUAUUUACUGAUGACAAAUAUCCAGCUAUCAUGAAGUCCUGGAUUUCUGCAAUGCAUUCGAAGCAGGGUUACAUAUCAUCAAGGCUUCUGGAAUUUACUGAAGAGGAAAAAAUGACGAUCAUGGGUACUGCUGACUUCUUUGCCCUGAACUCAGUAAGGCUUUCCUGGCAUGCAUCUACUCCUGGCAAUGGGACAUGUGGUGACUGCCAGUACCAAGGGGAUACAUAUAAUAACCCUAUAAUUUACAUCACUGAGAAUGGGUUUUCCUAAAGCAACCCUGGUCUACUUGAUGACAGUCAACGACGGGAGUAUUUCAGGCUGAUUUUACAGGAAAUUUUAAAAG